CACAUGACACAAAUGUAUAAAACCCGCAGAAAGAGAGCCAUCUCUGCAGACAGGUAGAAGAUGGGAAUUGACCAAAGGCUGGGAUCUUUACACUGAAGGACGCACAGUUUCAGACAUUGUCUUGGAUUACUACAUGCAUUCAUUUUCUCAAUCACCAGUGCUAGCACACUGAACCUGCACACCAAGCGACACUUGCAGCCCUCUCGAGUUCAACAAUGGUACUGAUGAUCAUCAGAACCCUUACAAUUCUUUGGAAUGUUUUAUUGUUAUUUACCGAGAUUAGCUCUUCCAUGGAAAGUGAGAUUUUUACUCCCGUGAGAUUGGAUUAUCCUAAUCCCGUAAAACACAAUUUUGUAAGCAGCACAGACGAAGCAAUCCACCGCAGAGUUGCUUUUAAAAUAAGCGCAUUUAAUCAGGAUUUCUAUCUCAGCCUGAUGCCUGAUUCCAGUUUCCUUGCGCCUUCUUUUUCCAUGCAGAUGGUCGGUGCCUCUCCACACCCAGUGACUAAUCCAAGUUUGAGCCAUUGCUUUUAUUCUGGUAAUGUCAACUCCGACCGCAAUUCAUAUGCAGCCCUCAGCCUUUGCAAAGGGUUACAGGGCGCUUUUGGCUACAAAGGGUCGGAGUAUCUGAUAAGCCCCUCUGAGAAUGACACGACUGCAGGAAGCUUAAAAAGCAUCGAAAGGGCCCACGUUAUUCGUGUCAGGAGCGCAUUUCUCCAAACCGACAACUCUACCUCCAGAUGCGGCGUCGGAUCUGGUUUAAAUCGGGCUGUGUUAGAAGCUUUGGAUAAAUAUAAAAACAUAAAAGGACACAUCAAAGCCAACCUGACCGAAACUGUCCUGAAAACCCUCGGUAGAUCAAAGCGGUUCGCUUCUAUACCCAGAUAUGUUGAGAUCCUCAUGGUAGCCGACGACUCCAUGGUUAAAUUCCAUGGCGAUGACCUCAAACACUAUCUCCUCACCCUCAUGUCUGUUGCAGCCAGGCUUUACAAGCACCCCAGCAUCCUUAACUCUAUCAACAUCGCAGUGGUUAAGUUUAUGGUGAUAAGCGAAGAUGACAAGGGGCCAAAGGUAUCCAGUAACGCAGCCCUGACUUUGCGCAAUUUCUGCAACUGGCAGAAAAAGUUAAACAAAGCCAACGACAAACACCCCGAAUACUGGGAUACAGCUAUCCUAUUCACUAAACAGGACCUGUGUGGCGCCACUACCUGUGACACUCUGGGCAUGGCGGACGUGGGGACGAUGUGCGACUCGAAGAGGAGCUGUUCUGUCAUUGAGGAUGAUGGGCUGCCCUCAGCCUUCACGACAGCACAUGAGCUAGGGCACGUCUUCAAUAUGCCCCAUGACAGUGUGAAGGCCUGUGAGGAGGUGUUUGGCAAACUGAAAGACAAUCACAUGAUGUCGCCCACACUGAUUCAGAUCGACCGCUCCAACCCCUGGUCAGCCUGCAGUGCCGCCAUCAUCACAGAUUUUCUAGACAGUGGCCAUGGUGACUGCCUUCUUGAUCAGCCCCAGAAGCCAAUUGCUCUGCCAGACACUCUCCCAGGGUCCAGCUAUAACCUGAACCGACAGUGCGAGCUAGCAUUCGGGACGGGCUCCAAACCCUGCCCCUAUAUGCAGUCCUGCACCAAGCUCUGGUGCACGGGCAAGGCCCGGGGGCAACUGGUGUGCCAAACCCGACACUUCCCCUGGGCCGACGGAACCAGCUGCGGGGACAGAAACUUCUGCUUGAAGGGAGCCUGUGUGGAAAGACAUAACGUGACAAAAUACAAGGUGGACGGCCGCUGGGGAAAGUGGGGCCCCUUUGGUUUUUGCUCUCGAACCUGUGGUGGUGGAGUGCAACUGGCCAAGAGGGAGUGUAACAACCCUGUGCCAGCCAAUGAUGGCAAAUACUGUCAGGGUGUCCGCAUCAAAUACCGCUCCUGCAACUUGGACUUGUGCCCAGAAACAGGUAAAAGUUUCAGAGAGGAGCAGUGCGAAGCCUUCAAUGGGUACAGCCUCAACACUAACCGACUUACCCCCUCUGUGGUCUGGGUCCCCAAAUACUCGGGAGUGUCACCAAAGGACAAAUGUAAACUCAUCUGCAGAGCGAAUGGCACAGGCUACUUCUACGUGCUUGCACCCAAGGUGGUGGAUGGGACCCACUGCAUGCCCGACUCCUCAGCUGUUUGUGUCCAAGGAAAAUGCAUCAAAGCCGGUUGUGAUGGAAAGCUGAGCUCCAACAAGAAGUUUGAUAAGUGUGGCAUGUGUGGUGGGGAUAACAGAAGCUGCAAGAAGGUGUCAGGAUUGUUUACAAAGCCCAGACACGGGUACAACUUUGUUGUGAUGUUGCCAGCUGGAGCUUCGAACAUUGACGUCAGGCAAAGAGGCUACAAGGGGAUGGUCAGCGAUGACAACUACCUGGCUGUGAAGAACGGGCAGGGUAAAUACUUACUGAAUGGACACUACGUGGUCUCGGCGGUGGAGAGAGAUAUCACAGUCAAGGGGAGCUUGCUACGCUACAGUGGGACAACCACAGCGGUGGAGACGCUGCAAGCCUUCAAACCACUCCUAGAACCUUUAACAAUCGAGGUGUUAUCCGUGGGGAAAAUGACGCCCCCUCGGGUCCGAUACUCCUUCUAUCUACCGAAGGAAAUCAAGGAGGAUAAGGGUUAUAAGAAGGACGGGAGGAGCCAUUCACACAACAGCGUGCUGGUGGAUACAAACAGGGUGGAAGGUAGGAAGCCAGAAUAUAAAAGGCCCAUGUAUAAAUGGGCUGUGACCAACUGGGACGAGUGUUCUGUGACUUGUGGAGACGGUUUGCAAAGGAGACUGGUGGAGUGCCACGACGCUAGCGGUAAAUCAGCUGCCAGCUGUGACACCUCAGUGCGGCCGGAGGACUUGCGAAUAUGUGGAGACCCGUGCCCGGUGUGGGAGAUCGGGGAGUGGUCCCCCUGCUCCAAGACUUGUGGGAAAGGGUUUAAAAGACGGGUUUUACGCUGCAAGACACAGACUGGACUACUGCUGCCCAGAGAUCACUGUAAUACCAAGAGGAAGCCACAGGAACUUGACUUUUGCACACUGUGGCCGUGCUAACAAUCCCCCAUCCUCCCCCAUAACGGUGGACGUUUCUUUCUUGCGUCUGGAAUUGGUCAAAUGUAUUGGAUGAUAAAGUGAUGGAGCAGGACGGUUUCUGGUGCAUCAAAGGGGUUAUAUGAAGAAAACAUGUAAAGACAGAGAGAGGUACAAGUUGAUUGAUUUAAACGGAAUGGAGUCGGAACACACACGUCUACCUCUAACAGAAAGCAAACAAACAAGAGUUCAGAAAAAUGCUGCCGGAACAGAAAAUACAAUAUUGGGUCGUUCAUAAAAUGGUAACUCAAACUUUUAUAAGGGUCAGUCAUCAUUAAAGUAUACUCAACGGUUUAACGUUUUAUAUAGAAACACAUUUUUAUUUUUUUAAUGGGGUUUAUAAAUAAUGACUCAUUAAGGAAAGAGAAUAAAUAAAUAAAAAUGUGUUGCGUUGAGAUCACAGCAUAAUUAUCUUGUGAUCUCAACAUAAUUAAUUUUUAUUGAGCCACCAUACACUGCAGUGCUACAAAAGGACAAGGAUUUCUUUCAACAUAUGUCCCCUAAAAUCUAUCAAAUGGCAAUAGUUGUUUCAAUUAUUUUAGCAGUAAAUAUGUAUGACUGACAGCAUAAGGAACCCAUCAAAUAUCCAAACAACCCACUUAGGGGAAUGCUUUCUCCUGGAUUACGACAGAAUACAUUUUGAAUGAGUCAAGUUCAGCAUACCACGAGGCAUACUGCUUCUAAAUAGAAAAAAAAAGAAAGUACAGUAAAAAAAAAAACACAAUACAUGCUACACAAAACUAAUUAAAAACGUCAUAAAAACUAACUUUGUUUAUAAAAAAUAAAAUAAGAUGUUUUAUAAUCGCCACGUAUUCAAUAAUUUACUAAGUAUUUUGUAGUGCUGAAGUGUGAACGCGGCAAACAGUAUGUAUUUAUUUAAAAAAAAAAAGAUUUAUUGGGUUACAAACACCAUCAAUGCAAUGCUGUCUACUUGACAUGUGUAUGGUGCUUCUGUUUUUUAUUUGAAUUCUGUUGGGUGAAUUCAAACGUCUAAACUUGUCAGUACAAUACAUUCCCUUAUCAAAAAGUAAAAGGUACUGGAUCCGGGAUCAGGCAGAGUGAACCCCUGUUUAUACCCUAUGUACUGAAUGGUUAUCAUUCACUUUCAGACUGUUUACAACCAAGUAGUAAACAAAUACCAUACUACUUCUAAACUUGGUAUGACUAACCGCAGGAUUCAUUUUUAAUCAUUGCACCACUAUCCUUAUAGCGUUUGUUUUUUUUACAUACCAAAUUACAACGACUAUGAUAACUGUGUUAAAUUAUUUCAGCUUCAUGAAAUGCCAAAUAUCUUUAUCCCAAUGGUUGUUUGGUUUUGAUACUAUGCUUUUAUAAGGAUCGCUGUGCCAUAAAUGUUAUCCCAGGGAAGUCUUCAGUUGCACAGCAGUAGUAUAACGUCAGUAACGUUGAAGUACCAAGUCAUACUAUUUUGUAAUGUGUUUUCCCAGAUGUGCCAGAUGUUCCCUUUCAGCUAUCCUUCUGCCUACGGAUUGCAAUGUGAGAUCUCCGUUUAGUGUUACUGGCUUGGAGAUUGGCCUUUUAUUCAAAGCAAAACCACAUUUUGUAUAUGAGAGGGCCAAUUUUCUUUAAACAGCAAAACCCAUUUCAAGUCUGUUGGCCACUUCGUGCUGGUAUUGUGGGGAGAUUAUUCACCACAAAGCAAUACAAUACAUGAAGUGUUUCUAACUACACUGUCGUUACAUAGGAAUUGCCGAUACACAGCCACGUUGGUAAAUACAAUGUUAUAUACAUAGACAUAAGAUGUUACCUCGAAAUCAAAGGAGACGUGUUUUGGGGCUCAACGAGACAAGUUAUCCGACUCAAGAGCCAAGAGUUGGAAAGUUUGUGGUAAAUAAAAUAAACUUUAUAGGGUUGUCCUUAUUCAGUUAACAUAAAUGAUGUGUUUCCUCUAGUCAAAAAACAUUCCGUGUUUAUUUCUUAAGCUUUUAAGAGCUUAAUAGAAGAAUCCCAUUACAAGAGCAUUAAAAACAGCCCGGCGCUCGUCUUCCUGUGAACGAUGGCAUCCUUUGGAUAAAAAGGGGUCAUUGCUUUAUUUCUGAUCCCACAAAAGUACUGCAGAGUGGUCGGCUUAUUUUAUAGAGUCAGGAUUUAAAGGAAUUUGAUAACAUCGACCCUUUUUAUCCAAGUCACUUAUAGUGCCGGAAAUUGCCAUGUUCUUGUAGUGUGUCUUGGCAGCAACAGAAACAUACUGCGUCUGUGGUAACUCACCAUUUUUAUGGUUUCAUUUCCCAUUCCUUGCCAGCAGUGCAGCUGCUACUAUAGAGCCCUGUCUGGUACAUCAUUAAAAACUAAGUUAUUACAAAGAAUAAACGUGGCAAACACAGACAAUGUUAUGCUGUACAUGUAUUUUAAAAGGUUGACCCUUCCCCAUGUAUGUAUGGACUGAAUUCAUUGCUGUGUACCUAUUUAACUGAACUUCCUGUAAUCCUUUACAUCACUUAUUUUGUAUUUGUGUUUUAUUUGUAUUGUUUGUUUUUUUUGGUUCGGAGGGACAACAUCUUCCAUCUAAAAGAUGGUUCCUAUAUUACUUGGAAUUUAAUGUUUUCUUUUGCACUUUUGUACAGCAAAAGACUUGUUAUAUGUUGUACUGGCUGCUCUGUAUACCAUGUAUACCCCCAAUCGGCUGUGCACAAAUAAAUAUUGUAAAUAUCAGUUGUUGUUUA